CCAAACCGAGGCUUCGUUCGUGGUUUCGUUGUUCAUUCUUUCCUUCGUUCGUUCGUUCGUUCGUUUAGUUCAGAGAUUUGUACGGCAGCAAGAGCAGCAGCAGUAGGCUAGCAGACGAUGUGCUUGUUUUCUGUCCUCUAGCCUAUCUGCUGUGACUUGCAGUGUCAGAGACUUCUUUGUGGAUGCUGUGAGCUUUCUUUAGUUUUGGAUUAUUUUAUUUUGUCAAUGUGGAAGCUGGCUGUGAACUCCGAUUGUGCGUAGAACGGGUUUCUGUGGGAUUAAGCGGAGUAGCAUCACGGCCCACUUCAAAGUGUCUGGACUGUGAAGAAUUCCUCUGUGAUCCCUGCAGCCUUAUCCACACCACCAUGGACACCGCUAACAACAACGACAGCAACACUAACCGCAACAACCACACCAACAACAACGGCGUCGCCCCUGGCAACAACCACCGCCCUGUAAACGGGGACUCCAUGGAGGACCACCACACUGACGACAACAACACCACCGCCAACCACCAUCACCACCACCAUCAUUCUCAUCAUCAUCAUCACCAUCAGCCACCUUUGGAUGAAUACGACGACGACGACAAUCUUGAGAACAGCGAGAGCCGAGGAGGAGGAGGUCAGCAGCACCACAUCGUGUCGCUAGAGCAGCUCUCUAUCUCGCCCGUCCUCCCCGGCGGUACGGGAGGAGGAGAGGGGCGCGGCGGUACGGCCCUGGGCAGCGGUGACGGCGGCGGCGGUGGUGAGAGGGGUGGCGGCGACACUGGCCAGGGGGCUGAGGAGGCGACCAUCGUUUGUCCAAACCACUCGGGCAGCGCUCUCAAGUACUACUGCGCUCACUGUGACACGGCUGUGUGUGAAGCUUGUACACAGAUCAAAGCCUUGUUUGAAGAAGUGUCGUCCCUAGUGGAAGCCCGAAAGCGAGUGGCGUUAAACGAAUUGGCCCAGGUGACAGCCUCCAAGACAGAAGUGUUGCACGAGCAGAAGAGGAACCUGGAGCAACAUUUAGCACGCAUGCGCAGUUUGUGCGAGCUUACCGAAGAAUCUCUACAACACGGGCGAGACACGGACGUUGUCCUGGUCAAGAAGGAAAUGGCAGGAAAAUUGAGUGAGUUGGUGAACAGUGGCUUGAGUCUUCAGCCUGACACCAACCCCUUGGCGUACUUUGACGAUAAGGAGUUCGUCUCCGUGAGAACGGCUCUUUCUCAGCUCGGGCUGGUCUGCGACAACCCCAGCGUUCCCGCUCAGACGACGGCCGGGGGAGAGGCUUUUAGCGGCUGUGUCGCCGGGAAAGCGUCCUCUGUUACCGUGACGACAAGGGACAGAAACGGGGAUCUUGUGAAAACAGGGUUUGCUCCCUUGCAGGCGUUUAUCUCUUCAGGUGUUUGACCGUGAUGGUCACUUCAAGUUCAGUUUUGGCUCCAAUGGAGAGGGUAACGGUCAGUUCAACGCUCCGACAGGUGUGGCUGUGGAUGACAAGGGCAACAUGCUGGUUGCUGACUGGGGAAACUCCCGGAUACAGGUGUUUGACUCCUCGGGCUCCUUCCUGUCUUAUGUCAACUGUGCCAGCGAGCCGCUCUACGGGCCCCAGGGUCUGGCUGUGACGUCACAAGGGGUAGUGGUCGUAGCCGACUCCGGAAACCACUGCAUCAAAUACUAUAAAUAUCUUCAGUAGACAGUACUUUGCUAGCAACAAGCUUGCUUCUAUUCAGGAUGAGCCUAAUGAAGGGACCACACGUAAGAACAGUAAAGAGUAAAGGGUAAAGAUUCUAUAUUACUGCAGAAACAGAAGAAACGAUAGCACAAGAUUCUUCUAUAGUAGUAAGAGAUAUGUGCUGUGUGGAUCUAAUUGAUAUUUGCAGUAAAAAGCAAAGUUUUUUUUACAGAUACUGCAGAUGUGGACAGUAGAUAGCAAAUCCUUUGGUUUUUACUGAAAAUAUGGGAAAGCAGAUAUAGUACCAGCUGUGAAGAUUAUCUGCUGUAGGCCUACAUCUGAUAGCAGUCAGAGCUUGCUACUAUUAGUACUACAGAUGUCAGUGUUCAAAUACUGCUGCUUGCUACACUAAAAAUCAGAGACGUCAGAUAUCUCUUCAAUAUAAACGUAAACAAUGUGACCUGUUCCUGCCGACAUCUUACUGAUUUCAUGACACUGUUAUUUACUAGUGCUUUUAUUAGUAUGACUCAGAGGCCUACCCUGUACUUUUGAGGAUGAUCAAUUUGCGAGUUUAUUUAGACAAUUGGAUGAAGUCUCCCCCCUGUGCUGAGAAAACAUUUGACUUCUCUCCCUGAGGAGGAGACAUUAUGCUUAUGAAGAGAAAAACCUGGGCUUCUGAAGACGCAAGAUUUUGCCACUUGAGGAUGGAAGCUCCAGCGCCGCCUCAGCUCUUUAUAUUGUACAGUUGUUGUGGUGGACAUCAGUGACUGAACACCCCGGCCGUUGAUGUUGUCGACCCAGGAAAAGUGUUAUUUUCUUGUCAGACAGACUGGACUUUUCCUAUGUCUGUGUCUAAAACAACAACAUUGUACUACUUGUAAGCAAGAUUAUGAUGUACCAGAGCCUGGGAAAGAUAACUCCCUUCUUGUGUUUUGAUCUGAUGAGAUGAGAUUUGACCUCAUUUGAUCUGUCCUGAUCUGAUACUUUCUCUGAUAUUUUGUUUGACGGACAUCAUGUAAUGAGAUCUCUUUUUUUUCUUUUUCUUUCUUUCUUAUUCUUUUUCUCUGUGUCUCUAUCUCUGUUUCUUGCAAUCUCUCUGAGUUCUGUCACCGACUCUUUUUCCCUGUAUUCACUUCCCUCUUUCUCUUUCUCUCAUUCUCUGUUCCAUUUAGCUACUUUCGUCUCAAUAAGUGUUGCAAAAACUUGUAUCAUUUCAUUCUCUCCUAGCCCACGAGUAUUUUGGUAUCAAACAGCAUCUGUAUUUUUGCUGUGGCUUGUUUUGGUUUGAGUCACUAAGAUGUACCACUGCUUGUCACUACUUAAGUUUGUGUUCCUGGCUGAGGUCUGCAUUCCUUGAGGAACUCAACCUGUGACUCAAGUAGUGAUGGAAAACAUAAUUUAUUUUGCAGAGGAGAGAAACAGUUUAAGAGUUGAACA